AAUCUAACCUUCUCUUUGUCUUUAGAAAGCCCAGGGUUGACAGCCUAGAGCUGCUGUGAAUGUAUGUUUCCUGCGUCAAUCUCUUCAUUUCAGAGGACUCCAGAUAUAGAAGUACUCCGUGCCAUCAAGCAAGGCUCAUCUUGGUGCCUCUGCUGUGAAGCUCUCUUCCACCAGACUGUUAGAUUCCAUUUUGGAAGAAGACUGAAAAUGGCAUUUUGCAUGUGGACACUGAAAAGACAAUGUCUUGUCUUCGUGAACAUGAUCCUAAUUUCCAGAUUCCUUGAGGCUAGGUGGUUUCCCAAAACUCUGCCCUGUGAUGUCCGCCAGGAUGAUUCAAAGACCCACGUGAUCGUGGACUGCACAGACAAGCACUUAACAAAAAUCCCUGAAGGUAUCCCUGCCAAUGCCACCAACAUCACCCUCACCAUUAACCACAUACCAACCAUCUCCCCAGAUUCCUUCCAGAGGCUGGCUCAGCUGAUAGAGAUCGACUUCAGGUGCAACUGUGUACCUGCUCGACUGGGACCAAAAAACAACGUGUGUACCAAGAGGCUACAGAUCAAGCCUGGAAGCUUCAGUAGUCUUGUUUAUUUAAAAUCCCUUUACCUGGAUGGAAACCAGCUUCUAGAGAUACCUCAGGAUCUCCCACUCAGCUUAAAGCUUCUAAGUCUUGAAGCUAACAAUAUAUUUUCCAUCAUGAAGGAGAAUCUUACAAAACUGCCUCACAUAGAAAUGUUAUACCUCGGCCAAAACUGUUAUUAUGGCAAUCCAUGUAAUACUUCAUUUUUCAUCGAAAACGAUGCCUUCCUAAACCUGAGAAACUUGAAAGUGCUCUCACUGAAAGCCAACAAUGUCACAGCAGUCCCCACGGGUUUGCCAUCUAGUUUAAUAGAGCUCUAUCUUUACAACAAUAUCAUCUUUGAAAUCCAAGAAAAUGACUUUAUUAACCUCAACCAAUUGCAAAUUCUUGACCUAAGUGGAAAUUGCCCUCGCUGUUAUAAUGUCCCAUUUCCUUGCAAACCCUGUGAAAAUAACUCUCCCCUACAGAUCCAUGGAAAUGCUUUCCAUCCAUUGACAGAAUUAAAAGUUUUGCGUCUGCACAGUAACUCUCUUCAACACGUGCCACAGCAAUGGUUUAAAAACAUGAAGAAACUUGAGGAACUAGAUCUCUCCCAAAACUACUUGGCUAAAGAAAUUGAGAAUGCUCACUUUUUGCGUUCUCUCCCUAGUCUUGUCCAAUUGGAUCUGUCCUUCAAUUAUGAACUUCAGGUCUACCAUGCAUCUAUAGAUUUACCAAGUACGUUUUCAUCACUGAAAAAUCUGAAAAUUUUACGUCUCAAAGGAUAUGUCUUUAAAGAACUGAAAAACUCCAGCCUCUCUCCAUUACAUAAUCUUCAUAAUCUUGAAAUUCUUGAUCUUGGCACUAAUUUCAUCAAAAUUGCUAAUCUCAACAUAUUUAAACAAUUGGAAAGAUUAAAAGUCAUAGACCUUUCAAUGAAUAAAAUAUCCCCUUCAGGAGAUUCCGUUGAAGAGGGCUUUUGCUCGAACAUCAUAAAUACUGCAGAAAGCCAUGGGCCCCAGGUCCUGGAAACAUUGCACUAUUUCAAAUAUGAUGAAAAGGCAAGGCGUUGUAGGUCCAAAGACAGAGAGACCCCUUCUUUCUUGCCUUUUAACGAAAGCUGCCAUCAGUAUGACAAGACCUUAGACCUAAGUAAAAAUAAUAUAUUUUUUGUCAGAUCUUCUGAUUUUCAACAUCUUUCUUUCCUCCAAUGCCUCAACUUGUCAGGAAAUGCCAUUGGCCAAACUCUUAAUGGAAGUGAAUUCCGACCUUUAAGAGAGCUGAAAUACUUAGACUUUUCUAACAACCGGCUUGAUUUACUCUAUUCGACAGCCUUUGAGGAGCUUCACAAGCUGGAGGUUCUGGAUUUAAGUAGUAACAGCUACUAUUUUCAAUCAGAAGGCAUUACUCAUAUGCUCAACUUUACCAAGAACAUGAAGUUUCUGAAGAAACUAAUGAUGAACAACAACGACAUCUCCACCUCCGCCAGCAGGACCAUGGAGAGUGAAUCCCUUACAACCCUUGAAUUCAGAGGCAACCACUUGGAUAUUUUGUGGAGAGAUGGUGAUAGCAGAUAUUUAGAAUUCUUCAAGAAUCUGGUAAACUUGGAAGAGUUAGAUAUUUCUAGAAAUUCCCUGAGUUUCAUGCCUCCUGAAGUUUUUAAUGGUAUGCCUCCAAAUUUAAAGUCUCUGUCCUUGGCUCACAAUAGGUUCAAAUCUUUCAACUGGGGGAAACUCCAGUUCCUGAAGAAUCUGGAAACUUUGGACCUCAGCCACAACCAAUUGGCAACCGUUCCUAACAGAUUAUCCAACUGUUCCAAAAAUCUUCGGACACUAAUUCUUAGUAGCAAUCAAAUCAGGCAUCUAACAAAGUAUUUUCUAGAAGAUGCUUUUCAGUUGCGACACCUGGACCUCAGUUCGAAUAAAAUCCAGAUUAUCCAGAAGACUAGCUUCCCAGAAAAUGUCCUCAACAAUCUGGACACAUUACUUUUGCAUCAUAAUCGCUUUCUGUGCACCUGCGAUGCUGUCUGGUUUGUCUGGUGGGUUAAUCACACACAGGUGACUAUUCCUUUCCUGGCCACAGAGGUGACUUGUGUGGGACCAGGGGCACACAAAGGUCAGAGUGUGGUGUCUCUGGAUCUGUAUACCUGUGAGUUAGAUCUGACGAAUCUGAUUCUUUUCUCAUGUUCCCUAUCUUUCGCCCUCUUUCUGAUGGUGUUUAUGACAGCAAGUCACCUCUAUUUCUGGGAUGUGUGGUAUUGUUACCAUUUCUGCAAGGCCAAGAUAAAGGGAUAUAGGCGUCUACUCUCACCAGAUUCUUGCUAUGAUGCUUUUAUUGUAUAUGACACUAAAGACCCCGCUGUGACAGAGUGGGUUUUGGAUGAGCUAGUGGCCAGAUUGGAAGAUCCAAGAGAGAAAAAAUUUAAUUUAUGUCUUGAGGAAAGAGACUGGUUACCAGGACAGCCAGUUCUGGAAAACCUUUCCCAGAGCAUACAGCUUAGCAAAAAGACAGUGUUUGUGAUGACAGACAAGUAUGCAAAGACCGAGAGCUUUAAGAUUGCAUUUUACUUGUCCCAUCAAAGGCUCGUGGAUGAAAAGUUAGAUGUGAUCAUUCUGAUAUUCCUCGAGAAGCCACUGAAGAAGUCCAAGUUUCUCCAGCUCCGGAAGAGGCUCUGCGGGAGUUCUGUCCUCGAGUGGCCCACCAAUCCACAGGCUCAUCCCUACUUCUGGCAAUGUCUAAAGAAUGCUCUGGCCACAGACAAUCAUGUGGCCUACAGUCGGAUGUUUAAGGAAACAGUCUAACUCUUCUUUGUAAAAUGUGACUUCCUAGCUAACCAAGAGAUGAAUGGCUUCUUGAUUUUUCAUACCAAUGUUUUGCCAAAAAAGUGUUUUGAAAUAAGAGGAAAGUCACCAACAUAUGACAAAUGAGUUGAAAGGAUGACAUUUAUGUAAUGUAUCAAGUCUCAUUUGUGUCUCCAUACAGUUGGGGGGAAAGAUGACAAAGAAAGAACAAAGAUGCUGAUUCACCUGAAAAUUGUGAUGAUUAUUAUUAUAUGAUACAUAUUCAUCUAAUUGAGACAAACUGCACUUCUAGGCUUCAGAAGUACUAUUAUAUUCAGAUAUACAGUAAAAACAAAACACUCAAGAUUUGCCUAUA